ACGUGUUGAGCUUGUUGAACGUCCCCGUACUCAUGUCCGCCGUCUUGUUGUUUCUGUUGCAGGGCCUGGACCAGCCCGUCCAGCUGAGGCAGCCGUCCUCGGCGGACCUCAACACCCCGCGGAUAGACAGCUACCGCUUCUCCAUGGCCAACCUGGAAGACUCCCAAGACGUUGACCUGGACGCCAUCCUGGGGGAGCUGUGCGCGCUGGAGUCUCAGUGCGACGAGGCCAUCGCGGAGGGUAACGCCGGCCGCGGCGGCCCCAACAAGCGGACGUCCGUGCCGGUCUCGGCCACCAACGGCGGCCAUGGCCUCGGCCUGGGCCUCGCCAUCCAUGCUCGCUCCAACUCGGACAGCCACCGGGACUACAUGUGCAAGGCCAGCUCGGUGCGGACCGACUCUCCGGACAACGACUCUGCCUUCUCCGACAAUGUGUCCAUGCUGUCGAGUGAGAGCUCGGCGUCCAGCGGCGGCAGUGGCGGCAGCACCGGCUGCAGCAGCGGCGGCGGCCAGAACAACGCCUGCCUCGCGCCCUCGCCCACGCAGAUGGACGCCGUCAAGGCGGAGAAGAUCCGGAUCGCGCUGGAGAAGAUGCGUGAGGCUGCGGUCCAGAAGCUGUUCAUCAAGGUGUUCACGUCGGACGGCUCGGCCAAGUCGCUGCUCGUCGACGAGAAGAUGACGGUGGGCCAUGUGACGAGGCUGCUGGCCGAUAAGAACCACGUGACGCUGGAGCCCAAGUGGGCCGUGCUGGAGCACCUGCCCGACCUGCACAUGGAGCGCGUUUACGAGGACCACGAGCUGCUGGUGGACAAUCUGAUGAUGUGGACGCGGGACUCCAAGAACAAGCUGCUCUUCCUGGAGCGCGCCGAGGAGAGGACGCGGCUCUUCCUGCAGCCCGAGCUCUUCCUCCUGGGCAGGCAGGGCUACGCCGACUUCGACGAUCACGCGAGGGCGCUGCUGCUGGAGGAGUUUUUCUCGUCGUCGGGAGUCGGCGUCCCCGAGGUGGAGGGCCCGCUGUACAUCAAGUCGGACUCGAAAAAGGGCUGGAAGAAGCACCACUGCGUCCUGCGCGCCUCCGGCCUCUACUACUACCCCAAGGAGAAGGCCAAGGUGUCUUCCCGCGACCUCGUGUGCCUGGCUACGUUCGACGUCAAUCAGGUGUAUUACGGUGUCGGCUGGAAGAAGAAGCACAAGGCCCCCACCGAGUUCUGCUUCGCCAUCAAACACCCAAAACUGCAGCAGCCCAAGUCAGCAAAGCAUAUCAAGUUCUUGUGCGCCGACGACGUGGAAACGCUGCACAGAUGGGUGGUGGGCAUUAGGGUAGCGAAGUACGGCCGCCAGCUGCAGGAGAACUACCGGUCCCUUUUGGAGGAGUUGGCGCAGGAGGAGCUGGACAGGCUGGCCAAGGCGCGGAGCUGCUCCGUCGCCUCCAUCCACGUCCAGUCCAUGCUGUCGCCCCCGGGGCUGGGCAGCCUCGGUGGCCUCGGCAUCGUGCCGUCGUCGGGAGCCUCGUCGUCCUCGUCGAGCGGCUGCCUGAGCGACGCGGGCAGGUCCUCGUCCACCGAGCAGGACCACGACGCGGACUCCAGGAGCGGCGGCUUCGAGUGCGAGUUCCCGUCGGGCACCAUCAAGCGCAAGCCCUCGGCCAUCCCCUCGCUGCCGCUCACCAGCACCACCAGGCAGAUCAUCGAGAACGGCGAGGACGACAACGGCGGCGGCGGCGGCACGCUCACAAGGCGGCUCAGCAGGAGGAGGUCCACGAUGACGGAUGCGGACGGGGCGAGCAUCGGCAGCAGUGGGAGCAACUCGUCGACGCUCAAGCGGCACACGACGUACAGCGGGUGCACGCGGUCGCCCAGCCACGCCAGCCCGGUAGCGACGCCCAGCCCCGGCCCACUCAGCCCCAUGAUGGCCAUGGCCGCGGACGGCGCGACGCCCCUGGCUAUGAGCCCUGCGUCCUCGGGGCACACGCCCACGGCCUCCCCCGUACCGCCGGCGCCGCUCAGCCCCAUCCUGUACGCGUCCGUGACGUACGCUACGCCCAACCUCAUGCCGGGCCCGGUGACGUGCGGGUUGAUGAUGCCCGGCCCGGUGGACGACGUAGACGGCAUCGGCUCCAGCUCGGACCUGGAAAGCUUGCCCCUACCGCCGCCCCCGGAGCUGUCGCAGAGCACCCUCAGUCUGGACUCGCUACCGCCCCCACCCGCCCCCGGCGACCUGUGCAACGGGGAGCACGGCGGGAGUUCGCUCUCGCUGGCUUCGCUUCCCCCACCGCCUCCAAGUCCUCCCCCGCCGGCCCCGGCGAAGAAGAUCACCUUCCAGCUGCCGCCGCGCAGCUCCAGCCCCGAAGAGGUGCAGUACGACCUCCCCCGCCACCAGCCCAUGCUGGCGCACCAGUACCUCUCCCAGUACGAGUCGCUGCCCAGCAUGCCCCCUGAAAUGCCCGAGCUGCCUCCGCACCCUAUACUCCAGGGCAAGUCUGUGCUGAGGAACGGCGGAUCGCGGGAGAAGAUCUACGGGCACACGGGCUCCAUGCCCCACCAGAACGGUGGCCAGAAGAAGAUCACCUUCAACCUGGGCGAGGACGCGGCGGUCACUGGCGGCCGCAAGACGUCUUCGUUGGGCCACCAGAAGCGAAUCACCUUCAAGCUGCCCUCGCCGAGUGACGAGCAGCCGCCCCUGCGGGUGCCCCCGCAGCCCAUCUACAGCGGGGAAGUGAUACCGCCGCCCCUCCUCGCACGGAAGCCGCAGCCCCUGCCGCCCCGCCGCAGCGAGCACACGCGGCUCAGCUCGGGCCCACUGCCCGAGCCAGAGCCCGACUUCCUCAAGGACCUGCAGCGCGUCAUGCAGAGGAAGUGGCAAGUGGCGCAGAAAUGCAAGCAGGACACUACCACCACCCCGCACGAGGUGCUCGGUUUUAGAGAUCCUCCACCACCAGUGGCGGAUUAUAGGGAAACCAAUGUAAGCAAUUGGGUACAAGAGCAUUAUGGUACCAGUGAAGAUGAAUUGGACAAUCUGUAUGAAAAUGUUCUAAACCGAAUACCGGAUCCAAGCUGUGAUACAAGGACUGGGGCUCAGUAUGCUAUGCCAGCAUCUGUGCCAAAUCAACAAAGUGCCAUUGCGUUAGCAGCGGCAAAGAAAAGACCGCCGCCUCCUCCACCCAAGCGCAGUGAAACAACACAUCUGACUACGUGCAGUCCUCAGAGGAUGCACUGACCUCUCUUGUGUUGUAGAUCAAGCAAGACAUAGUUUUUUUUCUCUUUUUUCAAUUGUCUCAGAUAUUGUGUACAACAUUUAUCUGAAUUGUGCUACAAAUGGUAUGUGUAAAGUACCAUUUUUUAUUCUCAAGAUGCCAUGAGUGUUAAUGUGAAAAGUUAAGUGUGAAUGCGUGAGCUUCUUUAUGAGUUUUAUAUAUUUGGGUAUAUAAUUAAGAUUGCCCAGGUCUGGCAUUUUUAUAGUUUGUUAUAUUGCCCUGAAAGUGUUGCUGAUUGCAAUUUUUCACUACUGGCAGAAAAUCAAGAAUCAAAUUUUGUGCAUCAGCCAAUUUAGAGCCAAGACUGCCUAUAUUUCCAAUACUUAAAAGAACUUAUUUUAGUUUUGCAAGUCUUUUCCUGGAAAGGUAUGAAUCACCUUUACCCAGUUUUCUGUCCAUCCAAUUGUUUUGAAUUUGUAAUGUCCACUUAGAUGUAUUAUAAAUUUUAACCGUUUUGUACACUGUGUUGUGCGUGCUGUAUUUUGAAAUUCUUCGCUGAAAUCUAAACUGAUACGUAAAAUUCAUCCACUUUUUGUGCUAUGCCAUGAAAUCAGCAACACUAAGUGAUAUGUUAUGAUUUAAAAUUCCUUUUUGUAGGUCAUGGAGAGUAAGGGAGCCCUUAGAGGAAUUCAAUUUGAACUCCUAAGUCAUUAAUUUUUAAAUGAAAACUUGUAUGUUAAUGGAG